AUGGCCAGCGUGUCGCCUCCCGAGGCCGGGCGGCCAACUGUGCGACCCCGCCCCCAACCCGCAGCCACGCCCCCGCCCGCAGCCCCGCCCCGCCCCGUCUCUGGGCCCCGCCCCCCGCCUCCAGGAGGCCCCAGAGACACCCUGGCCCGGGCCUGGAGAACCUGGGGCGUCUUCAGCAACGCCGAACCGGACGCCGAGGAAGCCACCCGGCCCGGUGGAAACAUCUGGACAGACACUCGGCCGCUCGCCAGAGGCGAGCGAACUACAACUCCCAUCAUUCCGCGCGACGCGCUGCUCCAAUCGUCAGGCGCAACUGCGAGGGGCGGGGCCCAUAUAAACCCCUUCCUGUCUCACAAGUGUCCUUUUACCCGGCAGCCGCGCGUCGGUCGUCUAGUCCGUCUUGGGUUCUCUGUCUGCAGUGGUCCACGCGCAUCCUCCGCCAUACCCGGCCUUAGCCUGGCUGCCACGGGCGCCGCACCUGCCGGGGCUGCCUCUAGAGGCGGCAAGAUGUUGAGCGCGGCACGGAAGAUCCAGGCCUACUGGCCUAGUCGGGCCGAGAGCCGGAAGGCCACGUGGUUCUCAGGCGCAGUAGAAGAAGCCGGACCCUGUGUGGGCCACGCCCUGCUCCACGCGCAGGCCCUCGCGGCCCUGUGCUCCGGUGUGACGGUUGUGCCAGAAGAUUCCAGGAUGACUAAAGCUGACCUUUCUGGUUGCCCCCAGUUUUUUAACUGGCAGUGCCUGACACUGAAGUAACUGAAAAAUACCACCUUAUCACUGGAGCCGUGCUUUAGAAUAAGACCUGUUGCCAGUAAAGCUGUCUUCAUCUGUGUGGAUCUACAGAGUUGGGAGAGAACCAAAAAGGCAAAUGAAGAGACCGGGGAUGCAUUCAGGUGGAAAUCGCUGUUUUGUUUUUGGUGAUGCUGCUACUUGGCAUAUAAAUGACCAAUAAAAGACUCACGGAUGUA